AUGACUACCUUUCAAAUCGUUAUCAACAACAAGUAUGGUGCCAACAAGCGUUUUCUUUUGUUACAGGCCAAUCCGCCACCUACCAAUGGUCCGUCAGGGGAUAUCUUCACCAACGUUUACCAGCGUUCCCCAAUAAUUCAAUCUGGCGCUAGCAAGGUACAAUUCGUGUUGCAACAAGAAUAUUUUGCCAUUAUAGGAACAGCAAACAAAAGUGAUGACGGCACUCAUCGUGUUUAUACUAAUGAGUACCUUCCGACCAAGCUUGGACCGGGCGGUACAAUUGCCGCUGUCACGACCCAAGAUAACAACCCCAUGUGGGAUGUGAAAGCAGCUGCUGGCAAGACCCUUGCAGUUAAGGGCGGGUUCGCGAUUGUUACUGAUAACACGUUUACUACCGAUGAUCCAAAUCCGUUUUAUAUUGGCAUAGGAGCCCGUGAUCCUUCUUCCUCUGACAGCGUUAUCCCCUUGCAGACUUGGGUCGCUCAGCCGGGGCUCAACACUCAAUUGUACCCCAAGCCCAAGUACUACAUCUGCACCGGAGAGUAUCAGCCAGGAAUGGUGAUUGAUCCUAGUUUGUUGUCCAAUGUCCUGACUGUGGAUUUUACGAGUGCUGUGGUUCCUCAAGCAGAGUUCACUUUAUCCAACAAUGGCACCUAUGUACCCGACUCUCAGGUUGAAGUCAAUGGUGUCAAGUGGUCGUAUGGACCGAUGGGUGGUGCAUGA